UGCCUGUUUUCAGUAUCCGAACUAUAAAAUGUUAAGAAUCAAAUACUAAGAGAGAUUUGUAGACAUAUUUAUCCGAAAUAAUAAAUAUAUUACUUAAUAAGUUGGUUUGGUGCGUACAAUUGGAUUUAAAACACAAAGACUAUUUUAUGUGAUUUUUAGAGACAGAAAUUCACUAGUUGAGAAAGUCUUCAAUCUUACAGGAGACGACAUGAACUUAUCACAGGAACAAAAACUUCAGCAAUGGAACGAAGAACAAGUUCAAAUUUAUAUCGGCAACGACGUACUUUUAAUAAUUUAUAUAUUCCUUGGAUUAAUUGGCAACACAUUAGUGAUAAUUGUGUACAAGUAUAAAAUGAAACAGAACGUUGACGAUCGGUAUUUUAUUCCAUGGCUUGCAUUGUUAGAUCUUUUGGCUUGCACGUUUAGAUGUUCAUUUGAGUUUGCAAGAAAAAUGAAACCAUUUAACUUUCGUGGGUCAAUGUUGUGUAAACUAUGUUGGAUUCCAAUUAAUAUAACUGCCUUCUCGUCAAUGAUUCUCUUGUUUGUAAUAGCUUUACAUAGAUAUUUAAAGGUAUGUCGACCUUUCGGAAAACAGAUGCAUUUGAAUAUGAAAAGAGUGGCAUUAGGGUUGACGUUCGGUAUUUCUGUCAUUCCGUCUAUUGCAUUAACCUUUUACAAUGACGAAGUAAAAAUUUACAACUUAGAGCUCAAUGUAACCGGGUUUGUUUGUGAAAUUGAUAUUAAUGGUAUAGAUGCUGGUUUCGUCGUUUUUAUCGUUUUUGCAACUGUCUUUAUCCUUAUAAUCACGAGCGGAUUGUUAUUGCUGAAUAUUUUGAUUGGUCGAAAAAUUUACAAGCAGAUUCAUUUUAGAAUGAAAAUGACCAGGACUGAUCAGUCAGCGGUUACCAAAGCAAAAGAUAGAACAGAUCAGUUACCUAUAGUUUCUAGCCACCUCAAAGAAGACACAUUAAAAACUAUUGAGCAGCGAAGGGAAAUGAAAAAAGAAAACAUUUCACACACAUUUUCGUACAUGUUUAUGAUGGUAGCCAUUGCAUUUUUCCUAUCAUACAUUCCACAGUUUAUAAUUCUUUUUAUGUCGCUUGGAAGCGGUAACUUUUGGAUAGAUAAAAGUAAAGCUGAGCUUUCACUUUUGGCGAUUAUUCGCGAAAUGAAUGUUUUGAAUAAUAUCGUUAACCCAGUUAUCUAUGGAUAUUAUGACAAAACGUUUAGGGAGAAAUGCAUUCACUUGCUAGGAUGUAAUAGCUGUUGUUUGUGUCCAACACAUUCGGUUGUUCCCGAAACACGAUAGGAUUGAACAUUCAAGUAACUUUUGUAUGCGCUUAAAGUCCAACUUGCUUUAUGCAUACAUGAUUUGAACAUAGUAUAAUAAGUUUAGUAAAAAAAUGAAAAAUAGAGCAAAUAAUUAUUGUAUUUUUUUCUAUACCAACAUGUAUCGUUAAAGUGAUUGCUUACCUAUAUCUAUAUUUCAAUAUGUGUAAGAGCAGUCCGACGAGUUUAUUAGUUUAGGCAUGUAUCUCAUAUUGAUUUCAUCUAUAGAAGUCAAUAUUCUGUAAGUAUUUCAGCUCUCGAAACAAUGGAUUAUUUACCAUCGCUGGUUUGUUAAUUUUGUUUAAAGAUUCCCUUACUGUCAUCAUAUGACUAUAAAUAGUCGUCAUCUUUUGAUACCAUAGUUAUUGCACCCACUCGAAUCAUCUUAAAACAUAUUUUCAACCAUCGGGGGUAUCCGAACCUUUAUUUUCAUAGAAAUUGACAAGAAGGAAUCGAAAGCAACCCUAACCUUGUGGCAAUUAUGAAAUAUAAGACGUAGCUUGACACCGAAUUAAUGAUUGAUUUUUGUUUUUUAUAUUUAUCAACUUGUUUAAAGGGGUCAAUUAAUUUUAACAAUAUACAACUUCAUAAACGAUGUUGAUGUAAACGCCUCCUGUAUCACUUGAUAUAACGAUGAAAUUCUACUCACUCUGCAUUUUAUUUCAUCUAUUGCGCUAUCUGUCAUAUCAUAUUAUACUGCAUAAUUUAUGAUGUCUGUUCUUUAUUUUGUGUUUCUGUUAAUAACAAUUGCUUGGUAAUGUCACCU